AUGGAUUCGGGGAGAAGAUGUGAUCGUGAGUGUAAGCCUGGUGAUAGAAGAGUUUGUCAUUUCUAUUUUAUGAUGAAAUACUUCCAAGUUAUGGGCGGUGCUUGCGCAAACUGCACCAAAGGGGAUGUCGACGGUUGUCUUGAUUCAAAAUGUGUACUUGCUGAUGGAGUAGGACGAGGUUUUUUAAGUAUUAAUUUUCGGCUUCCUGGCCCGCCGAUUAAUGUGUGUAAAGGUGACGUAAUUGUUAUUGACUUAACUAAUGAAGGCCAAGGAACAUCAACUGCAAUCCAUUGGCAUGGCAUACGACAAUUCAACACACAGUUUAUGGAUGGAGUUCCCUACGUCACUCAAUGUCCAAUUCCAUUCGGUGCAAAGUUUCGCUACGCUUUUCAUGCUGAAGAUGAAGGCACACAUUUCUAUCACUCUCAUGCCGGUCAUCAAAAAGCAAAUGGAAUUUUUGGGUCGCUUAUCGUUAGAGGUCCCAGAGAGCAAAACCCUAAUUCUUAUCUGUAUGAUUACGAUUUGAAAGAACAUGUCAUUAUAGUUUCUGAUUGGAUGCAUCAUCUCGCUGAAGAAGACUUUCCAGGCGUCGUUUCGCGAUCUGUUCUGACCGAAAGUAUUCUUAUCAAUGGUCACGGUCGUUAUUAUAAUACAACUUCUGAGUCAUAUACGUUCGCUCCAUGGCCACUAUUCAAUGUAGAUGCAAACAAACGUUAUCGUUUUCGAUUUAUCAAUUCGGGGUUUAAUGUUUGUCCAUUCAUGUUGCAAAUAGAAAGUCAUGAGAUGAUAAUAAUUGCGUCAGAAGUAAGCAAUGUUCAUCCGAUGACGAUUGAUUCACUUUAUUCCCUUCCUGGAGAGAGAUUCGACUUUGUUGUGAAUGCUGAUCAACCUCCGAGAGAUUAUUGGAUACGUGUUCAAACUUUGAAUCCAUGUCGAACUGUUGUUGAGACUUUUGGGAUUUUAAGAUAUGGAGAAGAUCAUCAAAUGUCAAUUGGGACAAGAGUCUCUUUCACAGCGAAUCUACCCCCAAGAUUAUCAACUGAAUUUCCAACAAAGAAAUUCUUCAACUCACCAAUGCCAAAAGUCAAAGACAUUCCUUUGAUCAGCUUGAAAGCUUACAAUUCCGACCGAAGUAUCAUUGACAAUCCACCAAAUCAUAAAUUUUAUCUCUUUCUCGAUUCACCGACAAUUCUUGAUCACACGAUGGAUGAGAAUGGAAAUUAUUUUCGAUUGGAUUUUGAAACGUCACGAACUGAUUUUAACAGCAUUGGAACGUUCAAUAACAUCAGCUUAAAAUAUCCAACAUUUCCUUUAUUAACUCAACCAGAACUCAUCAACGAUUCAAUGUUUUGCAAUGAAAAUUCGACAGUUGGAAAGCACUGCUUUGAUAAUAAAUUCUUAACAGCCUGUCGAUGCGUGCAUAGAAUUAAAGUAAAAUUUAAUUCAAUUGUUGAACUUGUUGUUGUGAAUGUUGAUGACCAAAUUGCACAUCCAGUUCAUUUGCAUGGUCACAAGUUUCAUGUGUUGGACAUGGGAGUGUUUGAGAAGAAGCCAAUUCCAGGUGUUAUUCGAAGAAAUGGAAUUCCAAUGACGAUACAUAAAAAUCCGCCUUUUAAAGACACUGUUAUUCUACCAUUUCCUGGCUAUGUCAGACUUCGAUUCAGAGCAAACAAUCCUGGGUUUUGGCUUUUCCAUUGUCAUUUUGAUUGGCAUUUAGAAACAGGCAUGGCCGUAAUAUUUCAAGUUGGUGAAUUAAGUGAUAUGAAACACAUCAAAAUCCCUACAAACUUUCCAAAAUGCAGUGAAUUUUCAAUAGAUGAAAUAGAUUAA